AUGCUGUUACAAGUAUUAGUGGCAUUCUUUUUGGUUUCACUAUACAACGUUGGUGUUCUUUCUAUUGAUUCAUCGUCUUCUUUGAAUCAUACAAAACACUUACAUGCAGUGGGAGAAGAAGUAGAGUCUCUUUUGAAGUGGAAAUCGACCCUUGGUAGCCAAACUCGUUCUUUCCUCCGUUCUUGGAAGAGAAGCUGCACUGCCAAUACAACAAGUCCAUGCAAGUGGUACGGAAUCACUUGCAAUAAUAAGGGAAGUGUCACGGAAUUGAAUUUAACUGGUUUAAAUUUACAAGGUACGCUCCAAAGUUUUGCUUUUUCAUCUUUUGCCAACUGUGUUAGUCUUGACUUGAGCAAUAACAAACUCUCCGGAUUCAUUCCUCCUCUGAUCCGUAAUCUUUCUAAGCUUACCUACUUGGAUCUUUCCAUGAAUAAAUUUUUGGGACAUAUUCCAGUAGAAGUAGGAUUCCUCACAAAUAUGAAUUACUUAAACAUUUCACAAAAUCAGAUUAGUGGUCCAAUCCCUUCUUCUAUAUGUAACCUGAUCAACCUACACACUUUAUACCUUUCUCAGAAUCAACUUUCUGGUACCAUCCCUCGAAAUAUUGGAAAGCUAAAGUUUCUUACUGGCGUUUCAUUGUAUGCAAACAAUCUCAGUGGUCCAAUCCCAACAUCUUUGUGUAACCUUAUCAACCUAAACAUUUUGUAUCUUCAUAUAAAUCAACUUUCUGGUAGCAUCCCUAACGAUAUCGGAAAGUUGAUCUCUCUUACUCAACUCGAUUUGUCUGAAAACUAUUUCGUUGGUCCAAUCCCUACAUCUUUGUGUAAUAUGAGCCACCUAAACAUCCUGUAUCUUUUUAACAAUGUAUUAUCUGGUCCAAUUCCAAAAGAAAUUCGAAAGCUAAGAUCUCUUACGGAUUUACAAUUAUUCAAAAACAGUCUCACUGGCUCGAUCCCUACUUCUAUGUGUAACUUUAGCAACCUAAGUACUUUGUACUUAUAUGAAAACCAGUUGUCAGGUUACAUACCUCGAGAAAUAGGAAAGCUAAGAUCUCUUACGGAUUUGCGAUUGUCCGCAAAUAGUCUCACUGGUCCAAUCCCUACUUCUAUUUAUAAUCUGAGCAACUUAAAUAUUUUGUACCUUAACAUGAAUGAAUUAUCGGGUUACAUUCUUCAAGAAAUCGGGAACCUAAGAUUUCUUAUUGACUUGGGACUAUCCGCAAACAAUCUCAUUGGUCAAAUCCCUACGUCUAUUUGUAACCUUAGCAACCUAGAUACUUUACAUCUUUUUUGA